UUCAUCCCAACUGUAUUCAGGAGGUGAAUUUUGCGCCAAAGAUUUGGCUCCGGAAGUUCUCACCGCACAAUUGUCCCUCUCAGGGUCAUUUCAGAACGCACCCCAAAAGUACAGGUCCUUAAGCCUCCACCCAGCCCCUGGCGUGCGAGUCCCCGGUGGUGGCCCGCAGGUGUGCGACCGGCCGCUCCUCACUGCAGUCCAGGAGCUCCAGGUGCUCGGUCCUCUUCCUUUCCCGGCACCUGAGCUGCUCCGUGGCACACCCAACAAAUCCCGUGAAUCCAGAUAUUCCCGCCGGAGGUGUCUAAAUCCGAGUUUGUCCCGACGGUCCUCGCCUCGCAGCGACUCUGGAAGCCUCUCGUGCGAGGUCUUGCCCGUCGGACCCGGAGGGGCGCGCGCCUCAGUGCGCCGGCUCGGCCUCUUCCCACGUCCUGGCGGGAGGGGUGUGUAGGCAGGGACCUGCAUCUGAUGAGGUGGGAGGGGAAGCCGAGGUCCCAAUCGCGCUCUCUUGUCUCCCAACCCCUCGGGGAGGAGGAGGGGCCGUACAAGAGAGGGGCUCCCACCCCCGAGCACCCGGCCGCGGGGUUCUGAGCCGUCGCCGCCUCGCCGCCGCCUCCGGGCUCUCACUCAUCCCCGCUGGAGGUCUUGGCGAUGGGACCCCGUUCCAGCUCCGGCUUCUUCGUGAGCCGCGCGGUGGCCCUGCUGCUGGCCGCGCUGGCAGCCGCGCUCCUGUUGGCGCUCGCCGUGCUCGCCGCGCUGUACGGCCACUGCGCGCGCGUCGCGCCGUCGGAGCUUCACCCCUGCGGGGUCCCAGACGCCAGGAAGCCCAACCCCACUCUUGAGCCGGAGGUGACGGUCACCCCGGACGUGUGGCGACCCUCGGGGCCCUGGGACCAGCUGCGCCUGCCGCCCUGGCUCGUGCCGCUGCACUACGAGCUGGAGCUGUGGCCCCGGCUGCGGCCAGACGAGCUCUCCCCUCCAGCGCUGCGCUUCACGGGCCGCGUCAACAUCACGGUGCGCUGCACCGAGGCCACCGCGCGGCUGCUGCUCCACAGCCUCUUCCUGCGCUGUGACCGCGCCGAGGUGAGGGGCCCUCUGUCCUCGGGAGCUGGAGACGCCACCGAGGGCCGCGUGCCGGUGGACAAGGUGUGGCUCGCGGAGGACAUGCAGUACAUGGUGCUGGAGCUCCGCGAGGCCCUGCAGCCCGGGAGCCUCUAUGAGCUGCAGCUCAGCUUUUCGGGCCCCGUGUACCAGGACUUUAGGGAGGGACUCUUCAUCAACCUCUACACGGACGAGGGUGAGCGCAGGGCCCUGUUAGCAUCUCAGAUGGAACCAACAUUUGCCAGGAAUGUUUUCCCUUGUUUUGAUGAACCAGCUCUGAAAGCAACUUUUAAUAUUACAAUUAUUCAUCAUCCAAGUUAUGUGGCUCUCUCCAACAUGCCAAAGCUACGUCAGUCUGAAAAAGAUGUGAAUGGAAGCAAAUGGACAGUUACCACCUUUCACACCACACCCCGCAUGCCAACUUAUUUAGCUGCAUUUGUCAUAUGUGACUAUGACCAUGUCAACAGAACUGAAAGGGGCAAGGAGAUACGCAUCUGGGCUCGGAAAGACGCCAUUGCAAAUGGAAAUGCAGACUUUGCUUUGAACAUCACAGGCCCCAUCUUCUCUUUCCUGGAAGAUUUAUUUAAUAUUAGUUAUCCUCUUCCAAAAACAGAUAUGAUUGCUUUGCCUACUUUUGACAACCGUGCAAUGGAAAAUUGGGGAUUACUGAUAUUUGAUGAGUCAUUAUUGUUGCUGAAACCAGAUGAGCAACUAACAGAAAAAAAGACGGUGAUCUCCCACAUUGUCUCCCACGAGAUUGGGCAUCAGUGGUUUGGAAACUUGGUUACCAUGAGUUGGUGGAACAAUAUCUGGCUCAAUGAAGGAUUUGCAUCUCAUUUUGAGUUUGGAGUAGUUAAUUACUUCAAUCCUAAACUCUCAGGAAAUGAAGUGUUUUUUUCUAACCUUUUACAUGAUGUUCUCAGAGAAGAUCACUCCCUGGUGUCACGAGCUGUAUCCAUGAAGGUGGAAAAUUUCACAGAAAUUAGUGAAAUAAGUGAGCUCUUUGACAUAUUUACUUACAAUAAGGGAGCGUCUAUGGUCCGGAUGCUUUCUAGUUUCCUGAGUGAGAAUUUAUUUAUCAGUGCACUUAAGUCAUAUUUGGAGACAUUUUCUUACUCGAAUGCUAAGCAAGAUGAUCUCUGGAGGCAUUUUCAAAUGGCCAUAGAUGACCAGAAUAAAAUUGUUUUGCCAGCAACAGUAAAAAGUAUAAUGGACAGUUGGACCUACCAGAGUGGUUUUCCAGUUAUCACCUUAAAUGUAUCUACUGGCGUCAUGAAACAGGAGCCAUUUUAUCUUGGAAAGGUUAAAAAUCAGACUCUUCCAACCCACAAUGAUACAUGGAUUGUACCUGUUCUUUGGAUGAAAAAUGGAACUACACAAUCUUUAGUCUGGCUAGAUAAAAGCAGCAAAUUAUUUCCUGAAAUGCAAAUUUCAAAUUUUGAUCACGACUGGGUGAUUUUAAAUUUGAAUAUGACUGGAUAUUACAGAGUUAACUAUGAUAAAUUAGGUUGGAAGAAAUUAAAUCAACAGCUUGAAAAAGAUCAUAAGGCCAUUCCCGUUAUUCACAGACUGCAGCUGAUUGAUGAUGCCUUUUCCUUGUCUAAAAACAAUUAUAUUGAGAUUGAAACAGCACUUGAUUUAACCAAGUACCUUGCUGAAGAAGAUGAAAUCAUAGUAUGGCAUACAGUCUUGGUGAACCUGCUACCCAGCAAUUUUGUUUCUGAUGUGGGCAACUAUGAUACAUACACAUUAUUAAAGAAGUAUCUAUUAAAGAGACUGACCUCAAUAUGGAAUCAUUAUUCAACUAUAAUUCGUGAAAAUGUGACAGCAUUGCAAGAUGACUAUUUAGCUUUAAUAUCGCUGGAAAAACUUUUUGCGAGUGUGUGUUUCUUGGGCCUUGAGGACUGUCUUCAGCUGUCAAGAGAACUCUUCAAAGACUGGAUGGACAAUCCAGAGAAUGAAAUACCUUAUCCAGUUAAAACUGUGAUUUUAUGUUACGGCAUUGCCUCGGGAAGUGAUAAAGAGUGGGAUUUUUUGUUAAAUAUCUACGCCAAUAACACAAAUGAAGAAGAAAGGAAUCAACUUGCUUAUGCAAUGAGCUGCAGUAAAGACCCAUGGAUACUUACCAGAUAUAUGGAAUAUGCCAUCACUACAUAUUCAUUCAAUUUUAAUGAAACAAAUAUAAUUGAAGUUGUGGCAGCAUUUGAUGUUGGCCGAUAUGUCGCAAAAGACUUUUUAGUCAACAAUUGGCAAGCUGUGAGUGAAAGGUAUGGAAUACACUCGUUGGUUACUAUAAUGUAUUUAAUAGGGAGAACCAUAAGUACAGAUUUACAGGUCAUGGAGCUGCAGCAGUUUUUCAGCCCCAUGUUGGAGGAGCACCAGAGGCUCGAAGUUCAUGCCAAAUUACAGGCAAUAAAGAAUGAAAAUCUGACAAACAAAAACCAAAGUGCCAGGAUAGCUGCAUGGCUACGGAAAAACACAUAAUUUAGUGGCCACUUUUGGCAUUUCCCCUUGUAUAUUAUACUGUAGUUUGCUGACUGUUUUGUCUUCUAAUACUUUGUGAGUCUAGAAAACCACAUGUUUUGUUAUUUGUAUUUCAGUCACAUUUACUACUCAGCGUCCUGUUCCUCCCGUGUUGUCACGCUGGCACUGAGCUCACUGAUUGCUGAGGAGUUUUCCAGCACUGCUGUGUUUUGGGGGAAGAUUUCACUUCAAGUUGGGCUAUAAAACCACAAAAUUUACUUUAAAUGCCUUGUAAAAAACAAAUUUACCUUAGAAAGUCUUGCUUAUUCUGUUGUGAAGGCCAGUAGAAUAUUAAAUCAUUGGCUAAAUGAGCACAUUCUUUUCUAAAGGAAAUACAGAUUUGCAAUACUCUAGGGUUUAUUUAGUUCAACUAGAGGCCCAGUGCAUGAAAUUCAUGCACUGGGGAGGGGGUUCCCUCAGCCCGGCCUGCAACGACACCAGCGUCCCUCACCCCGGCCUGAGGACCCUCCCCUUCCUUCCCUCCACAUGGCCGGGGCGCAGAUGCUGGACUCACGUUGCCGGGGCGACACCGCCAGCAUCCCGCCCCAGCCACUAAGGAUGCCACCAUCUUUGUCACGGAGUGAUGCUUAAUUUACAUAUUACUCUUUUAUUAGAUAGGGUAUUUAAAAGAAUAAUGAGCAAGUAACACAACAGUGUAAAGAAGGAGAACCAGAAGAAUAAUACCCCCUAGAAAUCAGAAAAGCUGAAGAAAAGCAAGUUUUAAAAAGAAGGUAUGGGCAAUUUUAUGAGCCAUGUGAACUGCCCUAAAAGCAGGAAAUGUGUCUUGUGCCUCUUUCUCUCUACCCGGAGUACCUAGGCAUUGUGCCACACUUUACUUACUGGCUACUGAAUGUAUGAUGUCACAAAAAGACCCAGGAUCACAGGAUCCUAAAGUAUCUUUAGGCUUGCUGUGUGGAGGCCAGAUUGGAGAGGAAGGCUCUGCCUUGAAGCUCUUGACUGUAUUUUCCUGUGGGAAUGGACAUUCUUUUAGCCAAAGUUUAUGAGCAAAAAUAAUGUCAACAGACAAUAGCAAUUAUAGGGUAAUCUUCAGCACAAAGGGAGAUGGUCAAAUAAAGAGAAAUGAAACUAACUGGCUAACCAGAAUAUACUCUUCACAGCUUUGCACUCGGGAUUAGUUUGAAAUGUGGUUUCAUUUGGCCAAAUUGAAACUACUUAUAGUUUGGACAACUUUAAACAUUUUCAUCAGUCACAAUGUAUGGAAUUAGAUUAGUUUUAUUAUCCCUGAUAAAAACCAGGACAGCUAAGGCAAAUCACCCUACUCUAGAGUUUGUGUAUAUCUGAUUUAACACUGUGCUUUAAUUUUGAUUUUGUAGAAUGGGGAUUAAACUACAGAUCUCCUAUCUACCUCAGAGCGAUAUUGUAAAAACUAAGGACUAUGUCAAUGAAAGGUCUUUAAAUAUCUAGGAUAAUAAAAGUGUAAUAUGCUAAUUAGAUCAGAUGUCCUUCUGGACGACCUUCCAGACAAAGCUGUGGUGGCAGGGGCCAAGGCAGAGGCAGCUGCCAUGGUGUAGGGGGCCAAGCCCCUUGCACGAAUUUUGUGCAUCGGGCCUCUAAUGUUAUAUAAACUCAAGACAGGGUGAUUUAAGGUUUUAUUCCCUAUUUCUUAUAUAAGUUAAUGCAGCCACAAAUUAAAAUUUUAUACAAAAAUUCACUUGCAUAUUCGCUUCCUAAGAAGAUGCUCCCUGAGUGUGAGUGGAGGCUACGAGACAACCAUGAGGACAAACCAAUGCACAUUCUACUCAGAUUUGACCAUGGGUCACAGCUCAGAAAAUUUUUCCUUGAAAUUUAGAAAUUUAAAAUUAAAGCAAUAAAAUAUCCCCAUGUUUUCA